ACCGUGACGACUGCUCGGUUGUCAGAACGAGAUGUUUGGAAGUCAGAGAGCAUGAUUUGGAGUUGCACUGCCUUUAGUAACCAUUACACAAUGUACCACACUCGGUAUUAUUAGAAGAAGCGCAUAAGACGAUUGACUAAAGGGAAACUGGACAUAUUGAAUGAGUGAACAAUUUCGUAAAGAAUGCAAAACAAUGGCGGUGAGCCAGCCCAGCAUCCACCGCUGGACCACCAAGCACGUGGCAAAGUGGCUGAAGGAAGAAGGGUUCAGUGACUAUGUGGACCUUCUGUGCAACAGGCACAGGCUGGACGGGACGUCCAUCCUGACUCUGACAGAGUAUGACCUUCGUUCCCCUCCCUUGGAGUUGAAAGUACUGGGAGACAUCAAGAGGCUUAUGGUAUCCAUUCGCAAACUCCAGAAACAGAACAGCGAUGUUUUAGAAGAAUUGGGCUACACUUAUGAAGGGUGGCUGUCUGGCUCAGGGGCACACAGCCCUAACUCUGUACAGGGCAGUGACUGGCUGUAUAACGGGGACCCAGCCAGAGACUCGGAUGAACCAGUUGCCAGCCUAAGCGCAGACCAGUACCACCAGUAUACUAAUGGGAAAUAUAAACAGCAUACUAGGAGACUAGACCCAGAGUACUGGAAGACCAUUUUAAGUUCUGUUUAUGUUGUCUUUGUGUUUGGGUUUACGUCCUUUGUCAUGGUUAUAGUCCAUGAGCGAGUGCCUGACAUGCAAACCUACCCCCCAUUGCCAGACAUAUUCUUAGACAGUGUACCAAGGAUACCAUGGGCCUUUGCUAUGGCUGAAGCAUGUGGUGUGAUCCUGUGUAACAUUUGGUUGUUGGUGUUGCUUCUUCACAAGCACAGAUCUAUUCUUCUACGCCGAUUGUGCAGUCUCAUGGGCACAGUCUUCAUGCUGCGUUGCAUUACGAUGUUUGUGACUUCCCUCUCGGUGCCUGGCCAACAUUUGCAGUGUUCUGGAAAGCUAAACAGCGACAUGUGGGCAAAACUGAAGCGUGCGGUGGCCAUUUGGAGUGGUUUUGGAAUGACGUUAACAGGAGUCCAUACCUGUGGAGAUUACAUGUUCAGUGGUCACACAGUAGUUCUGACUAUGCUGAACUUCUUUGUAACGGAAUACACUCCAAGAAGCUGGAACUUUAUACACACCUUGUCUUGGGUUUUGAACCUGUUUGGCAUCUUCUUUAUACUAGCCGCCCAUGAACACUACUCAAUAGAUGUUUUCAUUGCUUUUUAUAUCACUACAAGACUGUUUUUGUACUACCACACACUAGCGAACACCAGAGCCUAUCAGCAGAGCCGCAGAGCCAGGAUCUGGUUCCCCAUGUUCUCCUUUUUUGAGUGCAAAGUUAACGGACCAGUGCCCAAUGAAUACUGCUGGCCCUUCUCUAAACCUUCCAUACUGAAAAGAUUAAUCGGCUAGAGUCAACUUCAGUGUGAUGUUCUGUGGCCCAAAUUUGAAAGCUCCCGCUGAGGUUAUGCAACAGCUCCUUAAUAAUGGUCAUGAUAAUGGUGAUAAUCUCUAAAAUACCUAAAUUUAAGUUCUUGGCAUUAUUUUGCCAAAAUUGUUUUAUUAUACCCAAGACAAAAGAGGUGCAUUAAGAUUGCAUUUGGGGAUUUAGUUCGGUAAUACUUAGGGCUGCAUAUGUGGCCCAGUGGAAUAAAACAGCUGAGAAGCCACUAAUGGUGGUCUCUCUACAAAACAAACUAAUAAGUUAAGGCUUUAAUUUUUCAUUUAUUGGGUCAAGAGCAAGGUUAGGCCUUAGGAUUAGGGUUAGCUUUUUGUUUACCCUUUGAUUAUGAAACUUUUGUUAAUGAGUUUUGGUUCAACAUACUCUCAACUGAAUCCUAUGAAAAUGUAUGUUCAUGUUUUAAAUUGUAAAGAUUUGAAAGAUGUAUAGAAAAUUAUGCAGCGUUAUUUAAAUUAUUGGGGUUGAAUGUGUUUGGAUAAUUUAGGUAAUGUGUGGUCGGUUGGGAUGGAAUUAUAUAAACUGCUCCUAAAGUGCCCACUGUGCAUUUAAAAAUGGUUACUAUGGUGAUGGUAUUGGAACUCUCCAUAUUAUAUUUGUCCCUAGGUAGCAGCAUCAUUUUUUUAGUUUCAAUGGGCUGUUUACUAGACUCGGAGAGCAAAUCUGUUUAUUGUCAUCAGAUUGACCUAUUUGUUUAAGCAUAGUCAAACUCUAACAGUGUUUGGAUUGGACCAAAACUUAACCAUCAUUAGUAUAAUGUUCAGUUUAGCCAAUACACUAGCAGUGUUAUAGAGACAAAGCCAGUUGCUUUACUAACUUGAUGCAGAUUUUAACUUGUUAUUACAAUGUAUGUUGGUUAACUAGUCACACAGUUCUUUUAUUGUAUUAAUUAAAUCUGCGCCAGAACAAACUGAGCUAACAAAUGUGAUCAAACUGAAUUACAAAACACUUGUGAGUUUGCGUGUUUGACAUGGUAAAACUUUUACUAUGCUA